CAAAGUCUGAAAAAGCGAGACGGAACGAAACUUUGCUGAGCGUUGCGAGACGACUGAACAAAAUGCCGAGCACUCUGCCAGCAAGCAACGACCACGACCACGACCACGACCACGACGACGGCAACGGCAAUGGCAAUGGCAAUGGCAACGGCAACGGCAACGACAGCGACAUCCACAGAAGAAGAGCAGACGCAGACAACCUGAUGAUGAUGAGUGCCAGUGCAAGUGCCAGUGCUACAGACGCGGCCGAUGAGCACCCGCUGAUCCGGCUGCUGACGGGCGCACUCGCGAGCACCACCGCUUCAACCACGGCAGCAUCAAGCGAGAAGAAUGACGACGACGACGACGACGACGACGCUGGGCAGGAGCGGCAGAUGAGCGCACAGUCACUCACGCUGGACGACCUGCGCGCUGUGCUGCUGCGACUGAACGACGCAUCCACAAGCAGCACAAGCACAAGCACAAGCACAAGCACAGAGACGGACAGAGACACGAGCCUACUCGACGACCUGAUGCUGCUCCUGCCUGCAAACGCACAGCAGGACGGCGGCGGCGGCGGCAGUGGCUCCCUCGCUCACGAGAAUGAAGACAAAGAGCACGGCGACGCCAGUGACAACGCGGCCAGUCCCAAGGGCAAUGGCCAUGACAAUGCCAACACUAUUACAACUAGCAGCAAUAGCAGCAGUAGUGGCAGUCGUCGUAGUCGGAGCAAUCGCAGUACUACUGCUCGUGCUGAUGCUCACUCAGACUUCAAUCAUCCGAACAUUGAUCGCGUCGCCGCAAUGCUGCACGCCGCUCUCGACAUUGACCAGGAUGGCAUUGUCACUCGACAAGACCUGAUGGACGCACUCGCUGCGUUCCGUUUGUCGUCGUCGUCGCUGUCGUACGUCGACAGAAAACGAUCCGCUUCCCAAGUCUCGUCGCAUAGCCAAAGCCAAAGCCAAAGCCAGGCAGGCGCUCCUCCUCAGCACCCAAGCAUUGACUACUUUGAAGUCCUCGGAUCGACAGCACACGCAGAUCUCAACAACCACUCCAUCAUCACCGACGAUGGCUCUGUGGAAUUUACACCCAAUCAGUCCAUGAACGGCCUGCACGACGGCGCCAAUUCCGAUGACAAUGGUGAUGAUGAUGAUGAUGGUGAUGGUAAUGAUGAUGCGACCGUCACUCGCACUCUGGGGCGUCGUUGGCCAUCCGCGCCUCCGGCUCAUUUUGCCAGUGCCACAUUGUCCGCCACACCCCGACAAAGAUCGCGUCAGCUGGUCGGCAACACGGAUAUUCACGAGACAAUCCUGCAGUUUGACCCAACGCCACCAAGCGCAUCGGCCUCGUUUCAUCCGAACGCCUCCCAUCUGUUCCACUCUGCCAAUACGUCCUUCUCUGGCGAAGACUCGAGCUUUAUUGCGGACGAGCGCGUGGCCUCGCUUCGCUCACAACACCAGCUCGAGGCCCACUUGGCAUCGCUGGAGAGCGACUACGACCGCGUCGCAAAGACAAACGAAGAACUCGCGGAGAAACUGCGCGAAGGCGAGGCCAAGAUUGCGGCACUCACGCGUGAAGUCGCAGCGCUGGAUGUGUUGCGCACAGACCACUCGCAGUCACAGUCCGAGCUGGCCGAUCUCCGCGAGACGAUGGAACAGCUCGAGUUGGGACAACAGCGACGCCGCACUGACGACCACUCGGGCUCUCGCCCCGUGUUCUCCUCGGGUACCGAAUCCGCAGGAAUGCGCCCAACUAGCGGAGCACGGACACCGGACGACCGACCAAGCGGGCAAGCGGACGGUAACCAGACUGCGGCGGUCGGGCAACUCGGACGGCAAGCCAGCUCUCAGUCUGACAUUGCCGCCGCCAGCAUGGCAGCAUCUGCGGACCUUGUUUCGCGGCUGAUGGAAGAGCGGGAGGCCUUGUUCGAGGCCGAGCGCACAUCGGCCGCUGCUGCCAUUGAACAGCUCACAGCGGAGCGCGCGCAGCAAGCACAAGCCUCGCAGCAUUUGGCUGCGCUUGUCACGGAGAUGGAGGCAACAAUCAAGCAGUCCCAGACUGCUUCCUCGGCGAUUGUCACGGAAAACGAAGAUUUGAAAAGCAUGUACCAGUCUGUCGCCCAGUCUCUCGCCAUCGAGCGCGAGCGCAACCGGAGUUUGCAAAUGGCCAUUGACGAUCACAUUGCUAUUGCAGAAGGUCUGCAUGCACGGAGAAAGGACUCGUCAUCCGCAAACUCUGCACCAGCUGGCUCGCUCUCCAAUGAACUUGCACCGUUCCUAUCACCUCGCGCCGUACAGCGCUCGUCUCAACGACUGCAGACGUCCGCUUCCGCGAGCAGUCCCAGCGGCUCUCUGUCCCCCGAGAGCAGACUCUUGGAAUUGAUGCAUCGGUGUCUCCAGACGAUGGUGCUGCCGUCCAUGCGCAACAUUUCUCUGUCGCAGCCGCUCCCUUUGCCGUCAACUCCAAACCUGGAUCAGGCAACGCUCGAGAAUCUGAGCAUCCCUGCGCUAGAGCAACUGUCAUCCGUCAUGAAGACAAUGCUCGAAGUACGGUCCAUGCAGCUGAUUGAAAAGUAUGAUCAACGCGUCGUGCUGCAAGACGAAAAGGACUCAAAGCGGCGAAUGUUGGAUGCCCUGGCGCCAGUCGUCGCGGCCAAUCCCGUUGCAAAGGGUCGGCAACGCUCCACCUCAAAAAACAAGCGCGAUGCACCAAAAAGUUGAUUGUCGCGGGUUUGGUCACAUUUGUCGAAUUUCGUUUUAUUACACACAUGCACACAAAACAAUUGGUUUG